AGCCGCGCUAUUUGCAACCAUGGUGGAGUCUGGAGAUUGUGAAGCGAAAGACUCCUCAAUCAGGGCCCGAGGAGUCUGGAGUCUGUGGAGUCUGGAGAUUGUGGCGUCCAGUGCCACCCCCGCAAAAGAUAUCAAUAUCACUUCCUUUGAGCACUGGAGAGCGGAGGUUGAGUGCUACAUAAGAACGUGGCAUCGCGGCCUCUCUCUGCGACCAUGCAACCUGCCCUGCCUUCUUACUCAGAGUGGACAUCAGAGUUGAAUCUUUAGUCCUGAUAAGCUCGUUCUCGUCAGCAACAUGGGUAUCAUGGGCAUCAACUUCCACAAGCCACGCCUCCUGUCAGAGAUGACAUGGCGGGUGCUUGGGAUAUACAUGUUUGUUUCGUUCGGCUCCUUUAACUUCGGCUUCGAUCUUGCAUGGUGGUCGUCCUGCCUCGGCCUUCAACAGUUUGCCGAUGACUAUGGUGUCCCUAAGGGUCCUGGACAGCCGAAUGUGAUCCCAGCCUCGUGGCAGUCUGCUGGCACCGGCACGCCCAAUGCGGGCAUGGCCUUGGGCUGUAUUGCCGGAGGAUAUUGCAGCGCCUAUCUGGGGCGGAAGAAGACCAUUGUCGUGCUUUCCAUCAUCUCCAUCAUUGGUGUGGUUAUUCAGUGCGCUGUUCCGUCCUACUGGGGUAUUGUUGUCGGCCGCACCAUUAACGGUCUCUCGAUGGGCAUGGAAGCCAACGUCAUCCCGACCUACAGCGCCGAACUGGCUCCUCCUGCUAUCCGGGGUUCGCUUGUCAAUUUUUACCAGUGGUGGCAGAUUGUCGGCAACAUCGUCUCGGCCAGCUGCAUCUACGGCACGUCCAGGACCUUGACCGGACAGUGGCAGUACAGGCCCGUCAUGAUUGCCCAAGCCGCGGUUCCCGUCAUCCUUCUGUGCGGUAUCUGGUUUAUGCCCGAGUCGCCCAGAUGGCUCCUCAUGAAAAGCCGCCGCGCCGACGCCGAGAAAGCCCUCGCCUCCCUCCGCAAAGGCCAAGCAACCUCGCAAGAAGUCUCGUACGAACUGAGCCUCAUCGAGACGGCGCUCCAGGAGCAGCUGGAUCUCUCGGCCAACACCACGUACCUCGACUGCUUCAAGGGCUCCAACCUGCGGCGCACCCUCAUCGCGGUGCUCGUGCAGCUCAUGCAGCAGAUCCAGGGCAACGCCUUCAUGAACAACUACCUCGUCCUGUUCCUGCAGCGCAUCGGCAUCCAGAACAGCCUGCAGAUCUACAUCGCGCAGAACGCAACCCAGCUGGGCGGCAUCACGCUAGCCUUCUACGCGACCGACAAGAUCGGCCGGCGGCCCAUCCUCAUCGUGUCGGCCUUCUUCAUGGGCGUGCUGAUGUGGGUCGUCGCGGGGCUCGGGUCGUACACGCACGUCCAGGGCGCCAAGGCGCAGGGCUGCGUCGGCGCCAUCCUCAUCUACCAGGCCAUCGCCGGCGGCUGCUGGGGCAGCUGCACGUGGAUCACCACGGCCGAGGCCGCGGCGGCGGCGGUCAGGGAGAAGACCAUCAUGACGGCGACGUUUGUGAGCUUCUGCAUGGUGCUGCUGAUCACCUACGUCAAUCCCUACGUGCAGGACGAGGGAUACGGUAACCUCGGAGGCCGCGUCGGGUUCGUGUACGGAGGUUGCUCCUUCUUGGCGCUCGUCUGGGCAUAUUUCUUCUUGCCGGAGCUCAAGGGGAGGAGCUUGGAGGAGUUGGACGAGAUGUUCGCCGCACGGGUACCGACGAGGAAGUUCAAGAAGUACGUCUGCACCGGCAUCGGCGCGGAUAUCACGAGGCUGCAGGACAGGAAUGCCGGUGCGCAUGCAAAGGAACUCAGUGUUGAGCCUGAUAUGGUGGAGGAAGAGGUUACUGGGGACCCCGAGAAGCGUGGAUAACUGCUUGUUUGAUAUGCUUGCUAGGAGACACACGGAGAAGAGAGCGUGAGCGAGAGCGAGAGCUGCAGAGACAGGAAGACAAAGAGACAACGAGACAGCGAGACAGAGAACGGAGACAGUGAGAUAAGCCGUAAUAGUUUUUUAAUCCACACCCCUCAUAUCCUUC